AUGGCAAAGAAAGCUCGUAUCACGAAGAAGAAUAGGAAAUCAGGUUAUUAUCAUAAAAAAUUGAAUGUUUUCAAGAAUUUAAGUCCAAAUAAGCUGAUUUUUGCUAAGAAUCAAAUGAAAGUUAAUUUUCAAGAUCAUCAACUCAAUUUCCGUUAUAUCGAGAAUUCUCUAACUGAUGCUCAAUUUGAAAAGUUAAAGGAUUCAUGCUUGGGAUUUCUCUUAGAUAUUAAUAGUAACCUAAAAGUUUGUUCCAUGAUUGUUCAUUCUCUAAUUCUUCAUGAGGAGGGUAGCUCUAGUAGACAAGACAUCCGAAUGAACUUUGGAGGGAAAAGAGCAAAGUUUGGAAUUGAAGAAUUUGCUCUAAUAACUGGUCUAAAUUGUUCCCAGCUUCCUACUGAUGUUGAUCAUAGUGUUCAACCCAAUAGAUUAAUGGAAAAGUACUUCUCUGGGAAAUCAUCAAUCUCAAGAAAUGACUUGAAAAACCUUCUCAUGUCUUCAAAAAUAGAUGACGAAGAUGUCGUUAAGAUAGCUAAAGUACAUAUUGUGCAAAACAUUUUAGAAAGUAAAAGAGGUGACAAGUUUGUUGAUGAUUUUGUUUUGAAAUUGGUUGAUGAUGAACAAAAGUUUGAGAAUUAUCCAUGGGGUCGUCGUUCGUUCAAUGAAACUAUUGGGAGUAUUUCAAGUGUUUUGGAUUUGCAAAAAAACAAUUAUGAGUUGUGCGGCUUCCCUGUGGCUUUCCAAGUGUGGGGUUAUGAGGUUAUUCCAUCAUUGGGAUCUUUGUUUGGCGCUCGUGUAAGUUCAAAAAUCCCUAGAAUCUUAAAUUGGAAGUCAACUAAAGUGAAUAAUCUCCGAUCAAUUUGGUCUAAAGUUUUCCAAAAAUCAAAAGUUGAUUAUGUUUGUUUGUCUUCAUCUAGUGCGGAAAAAGAGUCAUUACACCUUAAUGGUAUUUUUACUGACACAAUUAAUAUAUGCAUGGCACAAAUUUAUGAGAGAACGAAAGAUACAGAUGCCAUGAAGAAACAAAUAGAAGAUUAUGAACAACUAAUUAAGAAAUUUGUGAAACAAAAUGAUUUAAAGAAAUGCAUACAUGAAGAAGGAGAACAAGUGAAAGAGAGAAGCAAAAAACUAUUGAAAUAUGUGCAAGAUUCCAAAGUUUCAGAGAAAACAAGAAAGUUAUCUGCUCAAGAGGAUUUGCAAGCAUGCAUAAAUGAUUUUUUAAGUGGUGAAAUACUUCUAAGUAGUCCUGAAUGUGUUCCUCAACCAAAGGAAUGCAUGAAUUUUGCAAGCAAUGCCCCUAUUGAACAAAGAGAAAAUUAUAAUAAGAGGAGCAUACAUGGCAAGCAACCACCAAAUAUUUCUAAAAUUUUAGAGAAAAUAAAAAAAUCUUCUACACUGUUGAGAUCAACUGGCGAGAUUGUUCCUAGCAAUCCAAAAUGCAUUCCUCCUUCUCUGGUUGUCAAUGAAAAAUUCUAUCAAAAGGAAGAAAAUAUUGCAAAGAACUUUAGAGGAACAGAAGAACAAAAAAAAGUAAAAGAAGUGAAGCAAAUGAAAAGUGAUCAUGACGAUUCAAAAGCAAAGAAUACUUGUCAUUUCUUAGGCAGAUUUCCAUUUGAGAGUGAAUAUGAAGUUAUGCCUGAUCCAGAAGCAAUUUCGUUCUUCUUGGAGUGGUACACUCAUGGUAUGAAUAAGAAAAGAAGUAAAUCAUCUCCAUACGCUGCAUUUCAUGCCAAAUUAAAAUCACCUUUAUCAUUGGGAGGAAUAGAAAUUGACAACAAAAAGUGGUUCUUUGAUUUGUGUGAUGCAGAAAGUCUCAUCAAUAACGAUAAGGCAUUGUCUCAUACUUGUUAUCCUUCAUUCCGGAAGUGUACUACAACAAGUUGUGUUUUUGAUCACUACAUGACCCUAAUUAGUUGUGAUGAAGCUCAUUUAAGUAAGAUGAUUUCAGAUGUAAAAAAUAAUGAUCAACAUAAAAGGAUAAAGCAUCCAUGUCCCAAAAUGAAGGCUAUUAUUGAUUUCAUUCUGGGAAAAAUAUUGAAAUUUGGAAAGUCAUGGUUUGAAGUUGACUUUGUUUUCAUGCCAUUUCUUAUUCCACAAGGAAGGGGGAUUUAUUUAGAUCAUUGGAGCUUAGGAGUUUUACAUAUAGAUAAAAAGAUUAUCUAUAUCUAUGACUCAUUUAAUAGUCCCAAUAACGAAGAUGUUGAAACACACGUGAAGAAAUAUUGCAAAAUUCUUCCAUUCAUUUUGGAUUAUUUGGGCUUCCAUGAAAAAUGUAAACAUUAUGCCCCUAAGUGCGAGGAUUUUAGGAUCUCAUGGGUUGAAACUCCUUUUCAGAAUAACACGUUUGAUUGUGGUAUUUACGUGAUAAAAAUGGCUGAGCUGUUAAUGAUGGGGAUGUCUCCAUUCAAAAUUGGUCCAAACAAUGUUGUUGAUAUGAGAAGGAAGAUGGCCUUAGAAUUUUGGGAUCAUGGGUACAAGAGGAAGCACGGUCAUGAAACUCUAGCAGAGAACUUGUGUCAUGUGUGA